AUGGCGUCCGAGAACAGUUUCGUGCAACCAGCCAUUCCAAGGUUCAAUGGUCACUACGAUCAUUGGAGUAUGCUGAUGGAAAACUUUCUUCAUUCCAAUGAGUAUUGGAACUUGGUGGAGAAUGGGAUCACUGCUGCAGUAGGAAGCUCGAAAUCCAGUGAAGUACAGAAAAAGACUCUGGAUGAACUGAAGCUGAAGGACUUGAAGGCGAAGAACUAUUUAUUCCAAGCCAUAGAUCGAUCAAUAUUGGAGACCAUCUUGAAGAAGGAUACUGCGAAGGAUAUAUGGGACUCUUUGAAGCAAAAAUAUCAAGGAACUACAUGUGUAAAACGUGCUCAAUUGCAGGCUCUUCGCAAGGAGUUUGAGGUGCUGCACAUGAAGAAUGGAGAAACCGUUAAUGAUUAUUUUGGGAGAACACUUGCCAUAGCAAAUAGGAUGAGAAUUCAUAGGGAGAAGAUGGACGAUGUGGUGAUUAUCGAGAAAAUUUUGAGAUCCAUGAUCUCGAAGUUUGACUAUGUUGUUUGUUCCAUUGAAAAGUCCAACGAUCUGGAUACCUUAUCUAUUGAUGAGGUUCAAAGCAGUCUUUUGGUCCAUGAGCAAAGGAUAAGUCAACAUGUGACGGAUGAAUAG